AUGAAGAGCAUCAACCGCUGGAUGUACGGCCCCACGCCCGAGGAGAAGGUGCGGGACUGGCAGGCCAAGCUGCGCAAGGAGACGCGCCAGCUCGACCGUGAGGUCCUCAACUCGCGCCAGGAGCUCAAGCAGCUGGCGAAGAAGAACGACGUCAAGUCGGCACGGAUAAUUGCGCGCGAGAUUGUGCGCGCCAACAAGCAGCGCGACCGGCUCAUCUCGUCCAAGGCCCGCGUGGGCAGUGUGCAGAUGCAGCUCCAGCACCAGCUGUCCAUGGUCAAGGUGACGGGCGCGUUCCAAAAGUCGACCGAGAUCAUGAAGACGACCAACCAGCUCGUCAAGCUGCCGCAGCUGAGCGCGACGAUGCGCGAGAUGAGCAUGGAGAUGAUGAAGUCCGGUAUCAUGGAGGAGAUGAUGGAGGAGACGCUGGACGGGAUCGACGACGACGAGAUUGAGGAGGAGGCCGAUGCCGAGGUCGACAAGGUGCUCUUCGAGCUCACGGACGGCAAGCUCGGCCAGGCAGGCCGCGUCGGCGCCGACCUUCCUGCCGAGGAAGAGGAGGAGAACGAGGCCGAGAUGCAGCGCAUGCAGAAGGAGAUGCAGGAGCUCCUCAACGGGUAG